AUUGUUUUGUUCGUCAUGUUACAACAAGCCCCCUACGCCACGGCCGCCGUGACAGCGGGCGUUCUCGGCAGCGCCUACUUCGCCUACCACAUCUACCAGAACAGAAAGAAGUUGCCUACGGAGUGGACGCACGUUGGUACCCUGGAGAACAUCUACUCGUACCCGGUCAAGUCGUGUGGGGGUAUUGCCAUGGAGACUGCUAUGUGCACGACAUUAGGGCUGAGAGAUGGCUGGUUAAGAGACAGAGUGUUGAUGGUUGUAGACCAGAAAGGCAACUUUGUGACGGCCAGAAACUACCCGGAGCUACUGCUGGUCCAACCCAGCGUGCGGAACUCCAUCCUCACGCUGAAGCACCGCGACAUGGAGCCCGUCUACGUCAAUCUGGCUGAGGUGGUUGCGUUGCAGAGCCCCAAGACAGCUGUGGUGUGGGGAGUGACGGUGCCCGUGCUCGACUGCGGGUGGGAGGUCUCUGAAUGGUUUUCGAGAUUAUUGGACCUGUCUGCGAUCAACUUCCGCUUAGUGUACUACGCGACGCAAAAGCCGAGGAAGGGGAACAUGUUUUACAAAUUCACCAAGAAUGACACGGGAGCGCUCCCAGAUGAGACCUCGUACCAUAUAAUCAACGCUUCAUCCGUCUCCGACCUAAACGCGCGACUGCGGUCGUGUCAGGUCACUCACCACACUUUCCGGCCUAACUUCGUGGUACAAGGCCCGCAGCCUUACGAUGAGGAUCGUUGGCGGUUCCUUAAGAUUGGUGACAACGUGUUCGAGGUCAUCAAGCCGUGCUUGAGCUACCGUCAGAUCUCCGACCCGGAGGAGCGUCUUGCGUCCGGCCCCUCCCCCCGCAUGGGGCUGCAGCUGGCGCUGCGCUCCGGGCACGGACUUGUGUCCCUCCACGACCACGUGUCCGCCGCGUGA